AUGCAUCCGCGGGACAACGGUGCACCAGCUUCGCAGUCUCCCGCUUUCCAUCACCCCACCCCAUUCUACCGCUUUCCAUUACCCCGCCCCAUUCUCCCGCUUUCUAUCACCCCGCCCCAAUCCCCCACUUUCCAUUACCCUGCCCCAUUCUACCGCUUUCCAUCACCCCGCCCCAUUCUCCCUCCUUCUAUCACACCGCCCCAUUCUCCCGCUUUCCAUCACCCUGCCCAUUCUCCCGCUUUCCAUCACCCCGCCCCAUUCUCCCGCUUUCCAUCACCCCGCCCCAUUCUCCCGCUUUCCAUCACCCCGCCCCAUUCUCCUGCCUUCCAUCACCCCGCCCCAUUCUCCCGCUUUCCAUCACCCCGCCCUAUUCUCCCGCUUUCCAUCACCCCGCCCCAUUCUCCAGCUUUCCAUCACCCCACUUCAUUCUCCCAUUUUCCAUCACCCCGCCCCAUUCUCCCGCUAUCCAUCAUCCCGCCCCAUUCUCCCGCUUUCCAUCACCCUGCCCCAUUCAUCCGCUUUCCAUCACCCCACCCUAUUCUCCCACUUUCCAUCACCCCGCCCCAUUUUCCCUCCUUCCAUCAUCCCGCCCCAUUCUCCCGCUUUCCACCACCCCGCCCAAUUCUCCCACUUUCCAUCACCCCGCCCCAUUCUCCCGCUUUCUAUCACCCCGCCCCAUUCUCCCGCUUUCCAUCACCCCACCCCAUUCUCCCGCUUUCCAUUACCCCGCCCCUUUCUACCGCUUUCCAUCACCCCGCCCCAUUCUCCCGCUUUCCAUCACCCCGCCCCAUUCUCCCUCCUUCCAUCACCCUGCCCCAUUCUCCCUCCUUCCAUCACCCCGCCCCAUUCUCCCGCUUUCCAUCACCCUGCCCCAUUCUCCCGCUUUACAUCACCCCGCCCCAUUCUCCCGCUUUCCAUCACCCCGCCCCAUUCUCCCGCAUUCCAUCACCCCGCCCCAUUCUUCCACUUUCCAUCACCCCAACCCCAUUCUCCCUCCUUCCAUCACUUCGCCCCAUUCACCCUCCUUCCAUCACCCCGCCCCAUUCUCCCGAUUUCCAUCACCCCGCCCCAUUGUCCAGCUCUAUCGCCCCGCCCCACUCUCCCUCCUUCCAUCACCAGCCCCAUUCUCCCUCCUUCCAUCACCCCGCCCCAUUCAACCGCUUUCCAUCACCCCGCCCCAUUCUCCCGCUUUCCAUCACCCAACCCCAUUCUCCUGCUUUCAAUCAACCCGCCCCAUUCUCCCGCCAUCCAGUGCCCCGCCCCAUUCUCCCUCCUUCUAUCACCCCGCCCCAUUCUCCCGCUUUCCAUCACCCCACCCAUUCUCCCGCUUUUCAUCACCCCGCCCCAUUCUCCUGCUUUCCAUCACCCCGCCCUACUCUCCCUCCUUCCAUCACCCCGCCCCAUUCUCCCUCCUUCCAUCACCCCGCCCUAUUCAAUGGCUUUCCAUCACCCCGCCCCAUUCUCCCGCUUUCCAUCACCCAACCCCAUUCUCCCGCUUUCCAUCACCCCGCCCCAUUCUCCCGCCAUCCAGUGCCCCGCCCCAUUCUCCCUCCUUCUAUCACCCCGCCCCAUUCUCCCGCUUUUCAUCACCCCACCCAUUCUCCCGCAUUCCAUCACCCCGCCCCAUUCUCCUGCUUUCCAUCACCCCGCCCCAUUCUCCCUCCUUCCAUCACCCCGCCCCAUUCUCCCGCUUUCCAUAACCCCGCCCCAUUCUCCCGCUUUCCAUCACCCCGCCCCAUUCCAUCACCCCGCCCCAUUCUCCUGCUUUCCAUCACCGCGCCCCAUUCUCCCGCUUUCCAUCACCCGCCCCAUUCACCCGCUUUCCAUCACCCCGCCCCGUUCUCCCGCUUUCCAUCACCCUGCCCCAUUCUCCCGCGUCCAUCACCCCGCCCCAUUCUCCUGCUUUCCAUCACCCCGCCCCAUUCUCCCGCUUUCCAUCACCCCGCCCCAUUCUCCGCUUUUCAUCACCCCACCCCAUUCUCCCGCUUUCCAUCGCCCGCCCCAUUCUCCCGCUUUCCAUCACUCCGCCCUAUUCUUCCGCUUUCCAUCACCCCGCCCCAUUCUCCCGCCUUCCAUCACCCCGCCCCGUUCUCCCGAUUUCCAUCACCCCGCCCCAUUCUCCCGCUUUCCAUCACCCCGCCCCAUUCUCCCUCCUUCCAUCACCCCGCCCCAUUCUCCCGCAUUCCAUCACCCCGCCCCAUUCUCCCGCUUUCCAUCACCCCGCCCCAUUCUCCCGCUUUCCAUCACCCCACUUCAUUCUCCCGUUUUCUAUCACCCCGCCCCAUUUUCCCGCUAUCUAUCAUCCCGCACUAUUCUCCCGCUUUCCAUCACCCCGCCCCAUUCUCCCGCUUUCCAUCACCCCACUUCAUUCUCCCGUUUUCCAUCACCCCGCCCCAUUUUCCCGCUAUCUAUCACCCCGCCCCAUUCUCCCGCUUUCCAUCACCCCGCCCCAUUCUCCCGCUUUCCAUCACCCCACUUCAUUCUCCUGUUUUCCAUCCCCGCCCCAUUUUCCCGCUAUCUAUCAUCCCGCACUAUUCUCCCGCUUUCCAUCACCCUGCCCCAUUCAUUCGCUUUCCAUCACCCCGCCCCAUUCUCCCGCUUUCCAUCGCCCCACCCCAUUAUCACUCUUCCCAUCACCCCGCCCCAUUCUCCCUCCUUACAUCACCCCGCCCCAUUCAACCGCUUUCCAUCACCCCGCCCCAUGCUCCCGCUUUCCAUCACCCCGCCCCAUUCUCCCGCUUCCAUCACCCCGCCCCAUUCUCCUGCUUUCCAUCACCCCGCCCCAUUCUCCCGCUUUCCAUCACCCCGCCCCAUUCUCCGCUUUUCAUCACCCCACCCCAUUCUCCCGCUUUCCAUCGCCCGCCCCAUUCUCCCGUUUUCCAUCACUCCGCCCCAUUCUUCCGCUUUCCAUCACCCCGCCCCAUUCUCCCACCUUCCAUCACCCCACCCCGUUCUCCCGAUUUCCAUCACCCCGCCCCAUUCUCCCGCUUUCCAUCACCCCGCCCCAUUCUCCCUCCUUCCAUCACCCCGCCCCAUUCUCCCGCAUUCCAUCACCCCGCCCCAUCCUCCCGCUUUCCAUCACCCCGCCCCAUUCUCCCGCUUUCCAUCACCCCACUUCAUUCUCCCGUUUUCCAUCACCCCGCCCCAUUUUCCCGCUAUCUAUCAUCCCGCACUAUUCUCCCGCUUUCCAUCACCCUGCCCCAUUCAUCCGCGUUCCAUCUCCCCGCCCCAUUCUCCCGCUUUCCAUCGCCCCACCCCAUUAUCACUCCAUCCAUCACCCCGCCCCAUUCUCCCUCCUUCUAUCACCCCGCCCCAUUCUCCCGCUUUCCAUCACCCCGCCCAUUCUCCUGCUUUCCAUCAACCCGCCCCAUUCUCCCGCUUUCCAUCACCUUGCCCGAUUCUCCCGCUUUCCAUCACCCCGCCCCAUUCUCCCACUUUCCAUCACCCCGCCCCGUUGUCCCGAUUUCCAUCACCCCGCUGUUAUAG